CAUUCCCUCUCUCUCUCUCUCUCUCUCACUCUCUCUCUCUCUCUCUCAAGAGCAGUCUCCUUCAUUGGUGCUCUAGGAUGGCAAACUCAGAAGUGAAGAAAGGCACAAAAGAUGGGGAAGAAGCUUCGGUGUAUCUAAACUUCAAGACCUCGGUUUUGAGAGUCUCCAUCCACUGUGAAGGAUGCAAGCGCAAAGUCGAAAAGGUUCUAAACAAGAUUCCAGGUGUUUACAAGACGGAGAUCGACCAGAAGCAACAAAUGGUCACCGUGAUAGGGGACAUAGACGCAGAGACUUUGAUCAACAGACUCAGAAAACAAGGCAAAAACGCAGAGCCAUGGCCUCAAAAGCCCCAAAAGCCAGUCAAAGCCAAGAACAAAGAGAGACAAAGUGACCCGAAUAAUGCUAAAGAGCCCAAAAAAGAGACGCAAAGUGUGAAAACUGAAGCACCAGAGGAAGACCAAAUUGCUAAAGUGAACAGUGAAGGCAGUGGCAAAGAAGCUAGGAAAGAAAAAGCAACCCAACAUAGUGAACCUGCAACGGAUAGAGCCGGUGCUGAAGCGAAAGAAGGGAAGCAGGAGGGGGAGGGGAACGUGACCGCAUCGGCCGGUGACCGGCCGGCGGCUGAGAAGCAGCCGGUCGCUGGUGAGGCUGAGGGCGGUGCGGAGAAAAGUGGGGGCAAUGGCAGUGCUGGUAAAAAGAAGAAAAAGAAGGGGCAGAACGGGAAGAAUGCGGACGGGGAGGGUGCACACUCCGGUGAAGCACCGGCGAGCACUGUAUCAGGAUCCGAGGAACAGAAGAAUCACGGUCAAUGUCCAAAGCCUAACGCUGCCGAUGGCAGCCGUCCACGUCAGCAAGCCGGUCAACAUUCGGCUCCGCCACAUUCAAACGAUGUACCCGCGGGCCUGAGGUCUCAACAUGAGGGGCAGGGUCAAGGUCCGACUCUAGUGUCGCCCAAUCAUGCCGCUCCACGUCAUCACGAGCACCGGUAUCAGCCGCCACACCAUGCACCUCCGGCGUACAUGUUCGGUUACCACACCGACCCCGCACUUAGUUACCACACGGCGAAUCCUACCCACCCGGUUAGUUACCGCACAGAGAAUCCGAGCACCUCCUAUGCCGCGUCGCAUUACGACCCUAACCCGCCAUUGUACUCUCAUGAUUACUUGCAUCCGGGCAUGGUGGAAGAACGCCCACCGUACUAUAUGAGCACCUAUCAUUCACAACCACCCGAGUCGUUCGAGAUGUUCAGCGACGAGAACCCGAAUGCUUGCUCAAUUAUGUGAUUAUUCACAUAGAAAAAAUGGGAGCUAGUCGAGAUUAUUCAGGGUAGGAGCUUAUACUUCUUGUGUAAGAUUAUAGGAACGUGUUGUAACUUCGUAACUGUAAGGGGACACGAGAGAGAGACCAUUUCAUUUUUAGUUAGGAAAAAUUAAAUGUUGGGGUCUUAGUUUAUGAGGACUUCUGGUUAGUGGGUCCCUUUGUUCUACCAAUGUUUGAUAUACAUUUUGUGUUAAUUACAACUUAGCUUCCCUAAAAUUUCCUAA